GUCAUUUUGAAUUGUGGGAGUGUGGUGUCGCUUGUGAUUUAAGUUGAAAUUACGCUGUUAAAAUAAAAUUGUACAGCGUGUUAUAGAUGCAUUAACAAAGUAUCCGCUCGAUACUUCAUAAAUUGGAAAUAUGAGAUCGUGGUAGAAUGUAUUUAAUUUACAUUGCUUUCAAAUAACAAAAUAUUAUUUAACAACGUUCGUCAUGGCUCGCUUCCUGUCGGAGGAUAAAUUAAAAGGUUUCGAAAAAUACAAAUAUAACUCAGUGGAUACUAGCGUCCUGAGCAAUUAUGUUAUGCACCCAUUUUGGAACUGGUGUGUCCAGUUUUGUCCAGUAUGGGUGGCACCCAACCUGCUGACUUUUACGGGCUUCCUACUCACGGUGCUCAACUUCUUUGUCUUCUCAUAUUAUGACUACGGUUUCUAUGCCUUGACUGCUGAGAAUGUCUCUAAGGAUUACAUUCCGUCAUGGGUUUGGGCCGUUUCAGCAGUAAACCUUUUUGUGGCAUAUACACUUGAUGGCAUCGACGGCAAGCAAGCUCGCCGUACUGGGACUAGUGGACCACUGGGGGAGCUGUUUGAUCAUGGACUGGACUCCUAUUCUGCCGUCCUCAUACCCACCUUCCUCUACAGUAUAUUUGGCAGAGAUGAAGUGAGCACGCUGAGGUUUCUGUUUCUCAUAUGGAACAUCUUCUUCAACUUCUAUCUGACGCACUGGGAGAAGUACAACACGGGCGUCAUGUUCCUGCCGUGGGGAUACGACUUUACCAUGAUUGGAUCCUGUAUCCUGCUACUAGUGACAUCAGUGUUCGGUCCCGAGGCAUGGCACAUUCCCCUACCCGGUGGCAUCACGCCGGGCGUCGUGUUCGAGUUCGUGCUCUAUUUCUCCGCUAUGCUCACCAGCCAGACGGUCAUAUUGUGGAAUAUUUACAAAUCGUAUCGCGACGGCACGGGCAAGAUGCGUUCGUUCAGCGAGGCGGUGCGUCCCCUAGUGCCGCUGUUCAUAUUCUUCGCGCUGAGCUCGGCGUGGGCCAUCUACUCGCCCACCGACAUCAUCAAUAGAGCGCCCAGGAUCUUCUACAUACUCACCGGAACUAUAUUCUCUAAUAUUAACUGUCGGCUAAUAGUGUCACAAAUGAGCGACACUCGUUGCGAAGUGUUCAACGGUCUGCUGAUCCCGUACGCGGCAGUAAUGGCGGUGGUGUUCGGCUGCGCCGUGUCGCCCAACACCGAGCUCUUGUUGCUCUCUGCGCUGUGUGUUGCCAGCUCUAUUGCGCAUAUCUACUACGGUACCAAAGUGGUACAAGAAAUGUGUGAUCACUUCAACAUUGAAUGUUUCCAUAUCAAACCAAAGAUAAAAUAAGUUAUUUAUAAUAGAUUCCAAUUGGAAGUUGUGAAUUAAUGGUGUAAACAACUUAUAUGUCCCUAAUACUCUUGUAUUGUGGUUGUAUUUAAACAUAAAGGUAUGCGAUCAUAUACCUUCCACUUUCAUAUUUACGGAAGUCAACAAGAUGUGUUAUGCCAAUUUUGCCAGUGGAAAUGGAGCAGAUUUUUAUUUACUUUUUUAUACUGUUGUUACUUUUUUUUUGUUUCUCGUUACCCAAAUGAAAUAUGAUGUGGAUUGUAAAUACGUAUUUUCAUAUAUUCUACAUUUGAAUGAAUUACUGUGAAAUGGACGCGUACCUUUAUUGAACACUACCGUUAAGUACUUGCAGCUGUUUAGUGAGUAGACUAGCAAAGUUUUAGGCCCUUAUAAACAACUGUAUACUUUUGAUUUUAGAAAUCAAACCUGCCGUUUGGAGCAAGCAUUUAUCUUAAUAUAAUAAUUUAUCCAAUGCUAUUUUCUGAGUGAUAUUUCAAAUAUAUUAGUUCUAUAAACUGAGGACCAACAAACAAAAUCAACUGAUUUUAAGGAUGCAUUAAACAACUGUGGAUUUAAUUGCUCUAAUUUUUUAACGGCCAGUUUUUUCAUCAAAAGUUAAAGUUAAAGUAAUGUCUAAAGUUAAAGUAACGGUCAAAUUUGUUUUUUCAAGGCCAAAGUGACAGCAAAAUUCAUAGAAAAAUUGAAUUUAACCGUUACUUUAACUUUAGUCAUUACUUUGACUUUUACUUUGGCUUUAACUUUUGAUGAAGAAACCGGCUGUUAGUCUUGUAAAUAUAACUUUUAGUCCAGGGUAAAGUUUCGCAAUUAUGUUACUAUGUUUGUAAUAAUAUUGGGCGGGCAUUUAUUGAACAUUAAUUUAAGAACUUUUAGUCCUCAUAGAUUAAGACUAAAUUAAAACGUUACUAGUAACGCUAGUCAUGUUUAUUAGAUAAUAAAUUGUUACUCAUGCCAUAUAAUAUGUCAUACAAUAGAUGUGUAAUAUCAUGCCAAAUGUUUCCAUUUAGAUAUAAAUUUAGUCAAUUUUAUCAAAUUAUAUACUUUCUAUUAAGUAGUAGGUGUCUAGUGUACAUGUAUUUUUAUAUACUGAUCUUCUUGUCGUAACUCAAUGUUAUAGAUAGCAUGUAAUGUUAUAUUGUUAGCUAAACUUGAUAAUGAUCUGAAAUCCAAAUCUCAGGUUGAUAUACGCGUUCCUCCUUUAUAUACAUAGAAAAUUAUUAGUUUUUAUUUGUGGGACAAGGUGUGAGUAUUUUCCAAUGUUUUGUGAUGGAUCUAGCAUGUUUAGUUAUAUUCUCGCUAGUUACUAGAUAAUUUAUAAUUUUCACUCAGUACAGCUGUGUACGUAAAUCUUGUCUUUUUAGGGCAACCACAUUAUUAUCUGACAGUUUCACUUUCAACUACCCUAAACAAAUGUUAUAUGCCCGAGACUGGUGUGAUUGGCACUUAUUCCUUACAGUCCAGCAAGUGGCAAGGCUGAUAUGAUGAAGUUUUUCAUACCUUUUAUCUGCCUGUAUGCAAUUUUUUUUCUUUAUUGAAAGGAAAAAGUACAACUAAAAUUACCAAGUGAAUAAUUACUGUAUGCUAAUGUUUUUGCCCUAAGUCAUCUAUGGUAUUUAAAGAGAGGGUUGCUCAAUAUUGUACCUGUUUUAUUUUAAUAGUUUUAUUGUACGCCUAAAGGUUUUGAACUGGAGGGUAGGAACUGUAAAGCGACUCUGCCUCAUCUACAUUUCAAGUCUUGUAUUGUCAAUAAAGGACUUAAAUUUAAAAA